GUCAACUGUGGUAAGUAAACACACACACACGUUAACGAGGAGCACAGUUGGAGCAUUAUUCAUUGACUACGCUUUUCCCUACUGAGAAAAAAAAUAUAAUAAAAAUCUGCCGGAUCAAAAUUUUGAAGUUUAUUAUUGCGAUAGAAAAUAAAAUUAAUACAAGAAUGUACACCGGCGUACAUAAUAAUUAUUAUAAUUAUUAUAAGUAAUACAAGUGCUGUAAACAAAAUGCAUUCUUCAAUUAAUAUUGGGGUUUUGCUCCGCUGACUGCUGAAUCUUAUUUUGACUGCUGAAUUUUUCUGUGUUAAUGUUAAGCUGGACUCAACGUGACAAAGUUUAAAUCUCUCUUGUUAAUUUCAAGCGGUAUCUUGAUUAUUUUGUAUUUAUUUGUACUUGUCGCCACAUGUGUGUUGAGUGAGUGCAAUGUCGUCAUCAACAGCAGAAAAAACUGGAGAAGGGGGGGAAAACAUUAAAACCAGAUAUUGCGGCGAUUUGGCAGAACUUGCUGAUUUGGACGUGCUGACCCGUCAACUCGAGUGCCCAUCAUGCUAUGAAGUACCGUUGCCCCCAAUCUAUCUCUGCACAGCAGGUCAUAAUGUUUGCUUCUCCUGUAAAUCGCAAUUGAACAAAUGUCCCUUGUGUAAAGCGCCGUUCUCCACGACGCGAAACUUUGUGAUGGAAGGAGUAAUAUUGGCCUCAAAAUUCAAUUGCAAUUACAAACAUCACGGAUGCGUGGAACUCGUUCUUGGAGAAAAAUUCCAUGAGCACGCCAAGACCUGUCUGUACAGGAAUGGAGCAAUCUCCAAAGAGAAGGAACCUCAGAGUAGUUCUUCCACCAAUGCAAAUGACGAAAGUUCCUCUCGUCCAACAACGGUACGACACGUUGGCGGUUGUUGUCAGUGGAUUUCCUCCUCGUCAAAUGAUCCUAUCCCUCAGGAUGCAGUGGAAGGUGGAUUUGAACAUGGGACCUUACUCUACGUUUCCAGAUCCCCUUACAACGGGGGCAUUUUUCCAGGAAAGCUGAAUGCUCAAUCUCGCAAGCACUUUUUCCCCCUGGGUACCGAGGGACGCACCAGUGAUGACUAUGAAGUGCUAGUCGCUUCACCUGACUCUGUCCAAUGGGUCACUGCUGAACGAGGACAGAUUCCUCCAAACCCCAUAAUUGGAGGUCGGACCGAGCUAGGGGAAGCUCUCUAUAUUGGAAGAUGUGGUUUCAACGGCAAUUUAACCACUGGGUGGGUGCUACCAUGGAAUAAUCGUGUUAUGACCACGUACAACACCAUGGUUAUCAGCAAUGGUAUAUUCGAAGUUUUGGUAAAGACUGAACUCGGGGUUGCUCUUGAUUUGUCUUCUACCUGACUAUCAACUAUUUUCUGUACUUUUGAAUUUUUGAUCUAAUUUUCACUCAAGGCUGACCGUACGAUGUGAUCGAAAUAGUGCACUCUUAUUUAUAAUUGCAACUUGUUUAUAAUUGUGUAAUACGUAUUCAUUAAGUUACUAAAUGUACUUUUUAUGCACUUUGUAUUAUUAUUUUCAUAUAUAUUGUUUACGUGGAUUUUAUAAUUAAUGAUGCAUCUCAUGUAAAUUUGUAAGGCGAGGGUUUUGACAGCAAUGAAAAUAAAUUUUAAAAACGUACCCCAAUUAAGAGAAAUACUGGAACAA